UGGUCCUCCUUCUCUCUCACCCCAGCUCCUCGGUGCGCGCAGAGAGCCGACGCUUGUUUGAUUCCCUUCCAACCUUUCCCGACCACACGAUCAGAUUGGCUGGCCAUAUCACUCAGAUUGCUAAACCGAUUGGCCAACUCGGUCAUGUUGGCCAAUUGGAAGAUGAAUGUUUUUGGAUGGUGUUGGAUCCUGGCCCUUGUCCUCUGCAUGCCGAGUAAGGUUUUUGUGAAGGGGAGUCUGGAGGUGAAUGAGACCCAGCAGCAACAAACCACCCAAGGGAAGCCUAAAAUGGGGAGCAGCAACAACAUGAUAACCACUGCACAGUUUGAGUGCUAUCAAACAAUUAUGAAGGACAACAACACCAAAGUCAAAGGUUCCAAGUCCAUGUGUAACCGCACCUGGGACGGGUGGCUCUGUUGGGAGGAAACAAAAGCAGGCAUUAUCUCAGAGCAGAACUGCCCCAACUCUCACGAGGACUUUGAUACUUCAGAAAUGGCCGUGAAGAUCUGCUCUGACAAUGGCAGUUGGUUCAUCCAUCCCAAAAGCGGCAGGACGUGGUCAAACUACACCCGCUGCAAUGCACAUGCCGAACAUGGAAAGAAAACUGCAAUGAAUUUCAUGUACUUGGCGUACUUUGGACAUGGGCUGUCGAUUAUCUCCCUGAUAAUCUCGCUUGGAAUAUUCUUCUAUUUCAAGAGCUUGAGUUGCCAACGGAUCACCCUCCACAAAAACAUGUUCUUUUCCUUUGUACUGAAUUCUGUUAUAACCAUCAUCUGGUUGAAGAAAAUAGCAUUCAACCAGGAGUUGGUGCUGAGGAAUCCAACAAGUUGCAAGGUGGCCCAUUUAAUACACAUGUACCUGUUUGGGUGUAACUACUUCUGGAUGCUGUGUGAGGGAAUCUACCUGCACACGUUGAUCGUGGUGGCCGUGUUUGCCAGGAAGCAGCACCUGAUGUGGUACUAUCUCUUAGGAUGGGGCUUCCCGCUCAUUCCAGCUUUUAUCUACGCCAUUGCUCGAAACUACUACUACAAUGACAACUGUUGGAUCAGCGCUGACACCUCUCUUCUCCACAUCAUCCAUGGACCCAUCUGUGCUGCGCUCCUGGUGAACCUCUUCUUCCUGCUCCACAUCGUGCGGGUGCUCAUCACCAAGCUGAAGGUGAGCCACCAGGCAGAGUCCAGUCUGUACAUGAAGGCUGUGAGGGCCACCCUGAUCCUCAUCCCGCUCCUCGGCCUCCAGUUUUUACUGCUGUCCUACAAGCCCGCGGGACGCGUAGCCUCCGAGAUCUACGACUACAUCACGCAAAUCUUCAUGCACUACCAGGGCCUUCUGGUUUCCACAAUCUACUGCUUUUUUAAUAAACAGGUGCAAGGGGUUAUACGGCUACGCUGGCAGCGCUACCGGAUUCAGUCUGACGGCGGGCUGGGCUCCCAGUCCUUCGGCAUGCAGUCGGCCACCUGCACAACCACAACAUAGGUGCAGGGCCACAAAAGCAUCAACGGCAACUCAGAACACAACAAUCUUGAAAGCCGAUAACCUUUACUCCUGAACCAAUGGGGGAUCUCUCUUCUCAAAGGCCCCAAAGCACAGGAGCCUUCAAUGCCCGUCCACUCCACCCCUCCAUUGAUAACUCCUGGGCAGGUUGCUGCCUUUGGAGGUUCCUGCUGCCACUGAUUUGGUCUAGGCCCCCUGCACAGUCCUAGGUCCACUGCAUGGUUCUAGAGGUCCUGCACAUUCCUAGGGCCACUGCAUGGUUCUAUUGCUGCAUUUCCACCGGCGGUUGCACUUCGGCCCAGCACGCCUUGGCCUAGUAGUGAAGGUGUGGUUUAGCCCAGCUCAGUUACUGCUCACGUUUCCACCGCCGUCAGUACUCUUAUAGUAGGGCGGGGUGUAAGCCUGAGGCAAUAGCCGCGGCAGCUAUGUAAGCAUCGUGACCUCAUAGCAGCCUGACACAGUGUAGCCUGUUAAUAAAUCCAUGAAAAGAAGAACACACACACACACAAUAAACAAAGUACAACAAUGUUGGACGUCCAAGAAGGACAUCAAACUUUUGCGCGACAUUUUCUUCAAUAAGCGAAGCUUUCGUUGUUGUCCAGCAAUACCUUGUGGGUACUGUGUUGCACGGAAGUGACGAUUCUAUUGACCAAUCAACGGACGGCGUGUGUAGAUCAAACUUGUUGGCACCCUUUCAGACAUCUCAGUUCCCCAACGGAGGAGUACUGAGAGAUGAGUACGGCUCAUCAUGGCUCAGUCCGGACCCAGCCCACUUUUGGCGGUGGAAAUGCGAACAUUGCCGCACCUUUGCAUACCGUACCGACCUGCACCCGCCGGUGGAAACGCGCCAUAUGGCCACUGAAUGGUUCUAGGGGCCCUGCAAAGUCCUAGGGCCAUUGCACAGUCCUAGGGCCACUGCACAGUCCUAGGGCCACUGCACAGUCCUAGGGCCACUCCAUGGUUCUAGGGUUAUGAGUGGUUGUAAGGCCGUUGCACAGUUCUACGGCCAAUGAGGGGUUCUAGGGCCGCUGCAUGGUUCUAGAGCCGCUGCACAGUUCACAGCCACUGCAGAUUUCUAGGGCCAUUUGAUGGUUUUAGGGCAGUUUAAAGGGGACCUAUUAUGCUUUUCGACUUUUAUGACCUAUAAACGUUGUUAUAAUGAUUGAUAGUCAUGUUUAACCAUACACAAAAAAACAAUGUAGAUUUUCGGGAAACUCUUCCUCU